AUGGGUGGAGCUGGAAAUGAAGAGAAAGCAGUGGUAGACAACAGGGAAUGGUACUUGGCGGCCUACGCACCAGAAGGUGUUCCAACCUCCGAUCAUCUCAAACUCCGUACUCUCCCUCUUUCGCUCGCCGUUGAUUCCAUCCCCGACCGCCAUGUCGUCGUCCAGAACCUACUCAUCUCCGUUGACCCGUAUCAACGUACCAGACUCACUGGUCUUGACGAAGGCCUUUACUUUCCUCAGUUCAAACUAAAUGAGGGGAUAACUGCAACUAGUGUUGGAAGGGUAAUUCGGUCAAAAGACAGUAAUUAUAAGGAGGGUGAUCUUGUCCUUAAUUUUUUCGCUCCGGUUGCUGAGCAUUAUGUGGUUCCAGCCGAGUUACUCAUGCGGAAGGUUGAUCCUUCAUCGGGGGUUCCGCUGCCAGAUUUUCUCAGUUCUCUUGGGGUACCAGGUUUUGCAGCGUGGGUGGGGAUAGAGGUGCUGGGAGACCUAAAGCCAGGGUCAAAUGUGUUUAUUUCAGCGGCGGCUGGAGCCGUCGGAAUGUAUGCCGGACAAUUGGCUAAGCUCAAAGGUUGCCGGGUCAUCGGAAGCACCGGUACGGACGAGAAGGUAUGUGAUGCAAACCUUGAAAGUUUAUAGUAAAUGUAAUAUCUU